UGUUGUUCACUAAUAAUGAUUUCCCAUUAUUAUAUAAUGAAAGCAUACGCUACUGAUAAGUGAUCAGCAGCUUAUGUUACUAUUUCCUUUCAGUUUUCAGAGCUUGGACCAACUUCCCUUUACGAAAUGCCAAUAAGGAGAAGGACCUUACAUAUAUAUGUAUCGUGCUUCCUUCUUCACCGAGCUUUUAUACUGUACACAACAAAAGGACCUCCGAAACGGCAAGGCUCUCCACGCUCAGAUCCUCAAGUCCGCGUCCACCUGCGUAUACCUUGCUAACAGCCUCGUCAACUUGUACGCCAAGUGUGGCAACUUAGAUAAUGCCAGGCUUGUGUUCGAGAAUAUACCCCAAAAAGACGUGGUCUCAUGGAACUGUCUCAUCAAUGGCUACUCUCAACAUGGUCCUACUGGGUCUUCUUUUGUCAUGAAACUCUUCCAACGUAUGAGGGCAGAGGACACUCUCCCAAAUACCCACACUUUUGCUGGUGUUUUCACUGCCGCUUCCAAUGUAUUCGACGUUUUUGGAGGCCAGCAAGCUCAUGCGCUUGCUAUCAAAACCGCGAGUUUUUAUGAUGUUUUCGUUGGGAGCUCGCUGCUUAAUAUGUAUUGUAGAGUGGGUCUUGUAUUGAAUGCUCGUAAGGUGUUUGACAAAAUGCCGGAGAGAAAUUCGGUUUCUUGGGCGACUAUGAUUUCUGGGUAUGCAAUGCAACGAAUGGCCGGGGAUGCUUUGGAGGUUUUUGAAUUCAUGCGUCGGGAAGAGGAGGAUGGGAAUGAGUUUGCUUUGACUAGUGUGCUUAGCGCAUUGGCAAGUCCUGAAUUUGUGAAUCAUGGUAAGCAAAUCCAUUGUCAUGCAUGUAAAAAUGGGUUGUUAUCGUUUGUUUCUGUUGAAAAUGCUCUUGUUACAAUGUAUGCAAAAUGUGGGAGUGUAGAUGAUGCACUUAGAACGUUUGGGCAGUCUGGUGGUAAGGAUUCUAUAACAUGGUCAGCGAUGAUUACGGGUUAUGCACAAAGUGGGGAUUCUCAUAAGGCUUUGAAGUUGUUUUCGCAUAUGCAUUUUUCUGGGAUUAAGCCUAGUGAGUUUACUUUUGUUGGGGUCAUCAAUGCUUGUAGUGACAUUGGUGCUAUUACAGAAGGAAAGCUAGUGCAUGGCUAUUCCUUAAAGAUGGGAUAUGAAUCCCAAAUAUAUAUGAUGACAGCUUUGGUUGACAUGUACGCCAAAUGUGGUAGCGUUGCUGAUGCUCGAAAGGGAUUUGAUUAUUUAAGAGAACCUGAUAUUGUUCUAUGGACUUCUAUGAUUAAUGGAUAUGUACAAAAUGGAAAUAAUGAAAGUGCGUUGAGUUUGUAUUGUAGAAUGCAAAUGGAGGGGAUUAUGCCCAAUGAGCUUACCAUGGCUAGUGUCCUGAAAGCAUGUUCAAGCCUUGCAGCUUUGGAGCAAGGCAGGCAAAUUCAUGCCCGUAUCAUUAAGUAUGGAUUUAGUCUUGAAAUUCCAAUUGGAAGUGCUCUUUCUACUAUGUACGCAAAGUGUGGGAGUUUGGAAGAUGUGAAUGUUGUGUUUAGGAGGAUGCCUACGAGGGAUGUAGUGUCAUGGAAUGUAGUGAUAUCAGGCCUUUCUCAAAAUGGGCGUGGUCAUGACGCUUUAAAGCUGUUUGAGGAGAUGCAAUUGGAGAACACAAAGCCCGAUGAUGUGACAUUUGUGAAUAUCCUCUCUGCUUGUAGCCACAUGGGAUUGGUGGAGCAAGGUAGUGUUUAUUUCAAGAUGAUGUUUAAUAAAUUUGGCAUAGUUCCAAGAUUAGAACAUUAUGCUUGCAUGGUUGAUAUCUUGAGCCGUGCAGGAAAGCUCAAUGAGGCCAAAGCAUUUAUUGAAUCUGCAACUAUCAAUCAUGGUAUGUGUUUAUGGCGGAUCUUGUUAGGUGCUUGUAAGAACUAUCAUAAUUACAAAUUAGGAGCCUAUGCUGGAGAGAAGCUAAUGGAGUUAGGCUCACAAGAAUCAUCUGCUUAUGUUUUGUUGUCGAGUAUCUAUACUGCUUUGGGUAAGCGGGAAGAAGUAGAACGGGUUAGGAAGAUAAUGAAACUUCGAGGGGUGAAUAAAGAACCUGGUUGUAGCUGGAUUGAUCUGAAGAAUAUGACCCAUGUAUUUGUUGUUAGAGACCAGAUGCACCCACAUAUUGGAGAUAUACGUGGAGAGCUACGGAUGUUAGCCAAACUAAUGGAGGAUGAAGGUUAUGAACCCACUUUUGAAUUAACUUCUUUAACACAUUGAAUUUGGAUAACAAGAAAGUUAACUUGGGAUGUUUGCCUAUAAUACAAUUGUCUCAAUUAAACUAAAAAAAAUAUCAUUGAAAUUUGUCACUUUUUUUCUUUUAGAAAAUCAUGUAACUUUAUUAUG